AGAAUAAGGAGAAUAAGGAGAAUAAGGAGAAGAAGAAGAAGAAGAAGAAGAAGAAGAAGAAGAAGUGAAACGGUUUUAAUGGUUCAAGAUGACGACUUCAUGGAGUGACCGUCUGCAGAACUAUGCCGACAUACCAGCCAACAUGGAUGGUGUGGCCAUGAAGAAAUACCGACGUGAAGCUCACCACAGAGUGUUUGUGAACCGAAGCUUGGCCAUGGAGAAGAUCAAAUGUUUUGGUUUUGAUAUGGAUUACACUCUGGCAGUGUAUAAAUCUCCUGAGUAUGAGUCGCUGGGCUUCGACUUGACAGUGGAGCGCCUGGUGUCCAUUGGAUAUCCACAAGAGCUGCUCAACUUUGUCUACGACCCCUCCUUCCCCACCAGAGGUCUGGUGUUUGACACAAUGUAUGGCAACCUGCUCAAAGUGGAUGCCUAUGGGAACAUCCUAGUUUGUGUGCACGGAUUCAACUUCUUGAGAGGACCUGAUAUCAGAGAGAUGUACCCCAACAAAUUCAUUCAACGUGGAGACACCGACCGCUUCUACAUCCUCAACACACUCUUCAACCUGCCUGAGACGUACCUCUUUGCUUGCCUGGUUGAUUUCUUCAGUAACUGCUCCAGAUACUCAAGUUGUGAGACUGGCUUCAAAGACGGUGACCUUUUCAUGUCCUACAAGAGCAUGUUCCAGGACGUCCGGGACGGCGUGGACUGGGUUCAUUUCAAGGGCUCCUUAAAAGAAAAAACAGUUGAAAACCUGGAGAAGUACGUGGUGAAGGAUCCGAAGCUUCCUCUCCUCCUCAGUCGCAUGAACGAAGUAGCCAAAAUAUUUCUGGCCACCAACAGUGAUUACAAAUACACAGAGAAAAUUAUGACCUACCUGUUUGACUUUCCUCACGGCCCAAAGCCAGGUACACCCCACCGGCCCUGGCAGUCCUACUUUGACCUGAUCCUUGUGGACGCCCGCAAGCCAGUGUUCUUUGGGGAGGGAACGGUGCUGCGGCAGGUCGACACUACCACCGGUCGGCUGAAGAUCGGCACAUACACCGGACCUCUCCAGCAUGGUAUUGUUUACUCUGGAGGUUCUUCAGACAUCGUGUGUGACUUGCUGGGGGCUAAAGGAAAGGACAUCAUCUACAUUGGAGACCACAUUUUUGGUGACAUUCUCAAAUCCAAGAAGCGUCAGGGCUGGAGGACUUUCCUGGUGAUACCUGAGCUGGCCCAGGAGUUACAUGUGUGGACCGACAAGAGCUCCAUAUUUGAGGAGCUUCAGUCGUUGGACUGCUUCCUCGCAGAGCUUUACAAGCAUCUGGACAGCAGCAGCAAUGAGAGGCCGGACAUCAGCUCACUGCAGAGACGGAUUAAGAAAGUCACCCAUGACAUGGACAUGUGCUACGGCAUGAUGGGAAGCCUGUUUCGCAGUGGAUCCCGACAGACGCUGUUUGCCUCUCAAGUGAUGCGCUACGCUGACCUGUACGCCGCCUCCUUCAUCAACCUGCUGUACUACCCCUUCAGCUACCUGUUCCGAGCGGCACAUGUGCUGAUGCCUCACGAGUCGACAGUGGAACACACCCACGUCAACAUCAUCGACACAGAGUCGCCGCUGGCAACGAGGAACCGCCACGACGUGGACCUCAAGGAGAUGGAGUGCAAACGGCACCAGCUGACCCGGUCCAUUAGCGAGAUCCAGCCCCCCCACUUCUUCCCUCAGGCUCCACAGGAGAUCACCCACUGCCAUGACGAGGAUGAUGACGAGGAAGAGGAGGAGGAAGAGUAGAUGGAAGGAAGAGCAGAUGAGAUUUGCUCUCACAUUCAGUAAAUCCUGUUUUAAUGUUUUAAGGUGAUGUUUUCUUUGAUUAAUAGCUUUCGGCUGUAGCAGCUGAGUCUGGCUGUCAGAGCCACUUGUUGACCUGGUCCUGUACGUGAUCUGGACUACUGCACAUUCAAGUGGUCCUGCUGCAUCCCUGGUAACUGCAUCUGUCCAUGGUUUAAGAGAGGACUCUAAAGUGAGUUUAGAUUCAUGUCUGUUGAGUGUAACAUUCAGGCAGUGGGAUGGUUGUGUCUACAAUGUGAAAGAAAGGAAGUGCGUUACUGAGGUGGAGCAGCUGUUGGUUGUGGGAUCCUCACGGCUCUGCUGGGUGUGUUUGAGAUGGGAAUCAUUCAGGUUAGCAGUCCAGUGUACAUUUAUUCAUUGUUUAUUCUACUUACUCCUGCACAUCUCGUUGUAAGACAUGCAUGACACUUUGGUGAAGAAGUUAAUCUUGAUCUAUUUUAACCUUCUUCAAGGAACAAUCCACCCUAAAACGGUUGAGAUGGCCACGUUCAUACUUGGCAUUUUUGGGACCGUAUUGUUUUUUUGAGGUGACUUUUCUUUUCCACUUCCAAAGAAUAAUGGCCAAAUGAAGGGAUCUGAUAUGUUGAGGUUUUUCAACACAGCUAGAAUUGAACAGAAGAAAUGGUUAGAUUAGAGUAAAUAUCUGGUGGUGUGAGAUGCUGUUUCUUCAGCAGAGCCGAAUGCAGUGCAACAACAGGAUGAGAUGUUUGGAAUGUCAUCAGCUUGCCUCACUGUUGAAAAACAACCGGUUUUCAUCCCUUUGGGCUUUUUUGAAAGGAAUUCGUAGAAAUGUAGGGACUACAUAAUGACACAUUUGAGGGUGAACAGAAUGGAACUGUAGUUUGUGUAUUAAACACAGCUAAUGAAACUAGACUCAGCUAGAAAACAGCUCCACCCCAGAAGAAAUGUUGUUCUGUUCAGCAGAGACUUUGUAAUGCCUGCUGCGCUGAGCUGAACAACAGGAAAUUGCUGACACCAUAUCACAUGCUACCAACAUAUCAUAACUUCUAAGAGAACCUUCUCUUACUUAAUUUCCCCAGUCAUUUCCUCACUGUGUUAUAAAGUAAGUAUCCCACAGAGUCAAAAUAACCUGGGGGCCAACAAUGUCACCCUGACGUCCUUCUGUUACAUAUCGUUGCUGCGUUAUGUGUUUUUAAAAUGACUGUAAAAGUAAUGUAGAUAUUACACCCUGCACAUGGACUGUGAAACGGUUACUGCCUUACUCAUCUCGCUCGGAGUUGAUACAGUGAGUGUGGAUGAAAAUUCUCAGUAUAUUAAACAGUGUAAUUAUGUUUUCAAUAUGAAUGUUGAAUUGUUUUCAUCUGGAGAUUGACAGGUCAAAUGAUUGGAAGCCUAUUUCUGCCUUGAAAAAAGAAAAGAUGAGUUAAAAUUGAUUGACCUAAGAAUACUUAGGCGGGUUUUAUUGAAAGCUACCAAGUCAGUGUUUUGACUUUCAAAGUCAACAUCAUGAGACACCAAGUCAUAAUUAGGAGUCAAAAUUUUGACUGAAAUCAGAUUGACUUCAGAAUUAUGAGAUAGUAAGCAAGUCAAAAUUCACACUUACUAUCGUUAUUAUUUUGACGUGUUUGACCAUUGAAUUUGAAUCGUUUUUUGGCGGAUUGUAAUAAUUUUGAAGUCAAGUCAGUUUAUUAGAUAAUAAAUUGGAAUCAUGAGAUGAGUCAAAAUUUUGAUUUGCUUAGUAUCCAAGUUUGACAUGCUGUCUCACAGGUCAGACUCACCAUGAGUGUGUGUAUUGGUGUCAUAUGGAAGGCUUUGUGAAUGUAUUUCUGCUGACAGUAGAGCUGUCUCACAGAGCUGAACCUGCUGCUGUUCUGAUCUCGUCCGUCACCGCUGCUGUCUGCUGUCAACAUGCUGUCACUUACUGUCAACGUAAUGAGGAUGUAUUUUAGUAUGUUUUAGUGCUGAUACGGUUGUUUUACCUUGAUUUUUAUCAUCUUUUUGUCACUGCUUUGAUUUGAAAGGACCUCAGAGGUGAACCUGUCUGUCAAGUCAGGCCUGCUGAGUUGAUCACACAGUAUGGAGCCUUAUUUAAGGUGGACUGUGGCCCUCUCUGAGUCACAGAGUGUGUGAUUCUGCUGUUUGUGUGUUAUAGCCCCACACAAGUUGUUGAUGCUGCCCCGUCCUGUUUGGACUGAAGAGACAUCGUCUGCUGUCCUUGUUGUGGGCCAGAGCCUGUCUAAAUGUCCUGCUCUCAGUGAGAUAUGUGCUCCAAUGGACAGUUGAUUGUUUGACUUGUUCAGCCCUGUUGCACCUUGGAAUGUUUAUCUUGUUAUUUGAGUAUGGGAGCAAUAGUAGACUGUGUUACUCUGCUGCUGUUCAGCUCAAAGGUUUCAGAGUGGGAACAUGCUUCAGUGUGGACAAGCGAGCAGGACCAGUGAUUUCACGUUUUCAGUUUGAUAUUCAAGUUGUCUCACAACUGUUUAGCAUGCCUGUUAAAUGACAGUCAGCUUUGCAAGGUAGCUUAGACUUUGAGAGAGUCCAGUGCAAAUUGAACCAAAUGAAUGUUUUUUUUAUUUUAUUUUUACCAGAAAAAGUAAAUGCAUGUGUUGAAGUUACAUUUUUCUGCUGAUUUAUCUGAAAAGUUGCCUUUGUUUUGAAGAAUGUUGAAAAGCAGUGAUGCUGCGGUGGUGAUGGUUUGGCUGAUAUUUGUAAUAAACUUUCUGAUCUGAUAUUG